GUUACGUGUCAAUGUGUGUGUGUGUGUGAACAACACAGUGGAUUUUUGGCUUUCGUUUGUCGUGUGCACGCGUUGGUUUUUCUUUUUUAAACUUUUCAAUCAAUUUUGGAAAAUUCUUCAAAUCGUGUGUUUUUACACAAUUUUUUUUACUUAUUUUUCUUGAUUUUUUUUCGGUUAACGUAUCCUUUACCGGUGUUGUCAAGUGGAAAUUUUUUUUUUUUCGAUUUCAGUUUUGUGGUUACGUUAUAGUUUUUUUCCCGAAACAAAAUGUCUAAUAAUAAUCCAUCGGGACGACGUCCUGGAAAACGAAUUUAUUUUAAUUCAAAUCGAAAUCAGUUGCGUAAUAAUGAUCGCAAUACACAACAACGGCGUGAUCGACGUGAAGAUAAUGAUGAUCAACCUGAUGCUGUUUCACAACAAUCACGUGGGCAUACUAAUGAACAACAAAUGCCAACUGCUUCACGUAAUGUAAUUGAAGGAGAUUAUAAUAACAAGACGGGAAAUUUUCCACGUGAUCGUUCGAAUGGCACUCAUCGUCGUAAUGAUGGUAAUGAAGAAAAUGUUCCACAACAACCGCGGGAUCGAUAUGACAAUUAUCAUAGACGUCGUAAUAAUUAUAAAGGUUAUCAAAGACAACCUAAUCGUCGCCAAGAUAAUAAUAAUAAUGGUAGCAGUGAACAAUCGGAAUCUGUUUCACAACAAUCACGUGGACAUAAUGAUGAACAACAAAUACGAACUGCUUCACGUAAUGUAAUUGGAUCAGAUUUUCCAUUACGUGAUCGUUCGGAUGGUACUCAUCAUCGUCGUAAUGAUGAUGGUCAUGAAAAUAAUGUUACACAACAGCCAAGUGAUCGACAUGAAGAAAAUGAUGGCAUCACUCAACAACAUCAACAAAAACAAAAUCCACGACGAAGAAAUCAAAAUAGACAACCUACUGGUCAUCGUAAUAAUAAUCAACAACGUACUACUGGUAAUCGUGAUGAUCAACGGCCUGUUUAUGAUUCAAAUCAAUUAAAAAUUGCCGAUACAACAAAACAAUCGAAAGAAUAUUUGAUUAUAUCUCGUAGUGAUCGUGAUGAUGAUGAUAAUGUUUUUGCAUUGUUCAAUUUGCAAGCAACGUAUACAUUUCCACGAUCAUCUAAACCAAAAAUACCAUUUUUACGUUUAUAUAAUCCACAAUGGAAUUUAUUCAAUAAAACGGCACAAUCAUCGUCAAAAAAUAAAUUUGAUACAGACAUCGCUUAUCGACAAUAUGAAGAGGAAGAAUUCUAUAAAAAAAAUUGUAAUGAGAGUCCUGAAUUUUGGAACAAUUUUUACAAAACUGGAUCAACCAUCGGUGUUCGUAAACAACCGGCUGAAAAUCUGAUUGAAUGUCCAAUAUGUAAACGGAAUUUUGAUCCAAAUGAAGAAUGUAUUGCUUAUACAGAAUGUUCACAUAUGAUGUGUAUUGAUUGUUGUGUAAAAUGCAUUGGACUUUAUCAAUCAUGUCCAGUUUGUAGACAUUCAAGUGAAAAAUUGAUAAUGUCCUCAAAACAAUUGGAUUAUGAUCAAUUAAUAGAUCAUUCAAAUUUCAAUUUCGAAACAACUGAAAUUGGACUUGUUGCAUUCCAUUUGAUGGAUGCUCAACAGAUUGAAAAAUAUUUUCGUUCAUUAUUGUUUGUUGGUUGUACAAAAGAUGGUGAUGGUGAUGAUGAUGAUGACUGUCGUAAAUUUAAUGUAUAUCGUUUUGAAAAAAAUUAUCAAGAUUAUUUCCAAAAAAUUCAGGAUCUUUUUCGUCAUAUUCAUGUCAAACAUAAUCGUUACAUUUGUAUGAUCUGCAUUACAACAUUACGUUCAUGUAUCAAAUAUAUGAUUGAAUAUAAACCAAAUGAUUUUUAUCAACAUUUAACCAUUGGUAAUCGUUUGAUUGAUGGUACACCGAUUGAACAUGUUUAUUGUCAUCUUUGUGGCUAUUAUUUAUUUGACAAUGAUCAACUCUGGGAACAUUGUAAACGUGAUCAUUUAAGCUGUUAUCUUUGUAAUUCAUUUUUUGCAAUUGAUAUGUCCAAUAUGAUUGUACAUUAUCGUCAAGAACAUUGUUAUUGUAGUAUUUGUAAUUUGGCAUUUCAGAAAAAAGAUUUGGAACAACAUAAACGUUUACAUCCUGAUGAUCAAGAUAUUGAAUAUUGUCAUGGAUCGACUAUUGUAGAUGAUGAGGAAUCACCAUCAUCACAACAACAACAGCAGCAGCUGCAGCAGUUACAGCAACAACAACAACAGACUACAACAACAACAGUUGCUAGCCGUGGUUAUAUUGACCAAAUUGAUUUACAAUUUCGACGUCAAUAUAAAAAUGCACAAUCCAUGGAUAAAUGUGCACCAAUUGCUGGCCCAUCAAUUGAAAGUUAUAUGAUUAAUUUUCCGGCAAUAUCAUCAAAUGUUGUGCCUAGUUAUCCAAGUAUAGAGCCAAUUCAACAAAAGCCAGGAAAUGUAUAUGAUCAAGAUUUUCCAUCUUUGAUUCCAGAAUCAUCAUCAACCGCUAAUAUAAUGACCAAAACCAGUUUUGCUCACGCCAGUGUUGGACUAUUAGCUCGUAAAGAACAACCAAAAUCUACAAUGAAAAACCACCGACCAGUAAAACCAUCGUCAAAUAAAGAAUGGAAAAAACUGGAGAAUGAUAAAAUGAAAUCUAAAAUGAAUGAACCAAAAUAUUCGGAAAUACAAACCACAAUACCGGAAGAUGAAACAAUACCACCAUCAUCAAUAUUGAAAAAAACGGUAACUAAAAAUGAUAAAAAACAAACAUCAAGUGGUAAGCAAAAAUUGGACACUAUUUUUGAUGAUUUUCCACCAUUAACUUCUACUAAUGCUUGCUCCAAUCAUCAUCAAAACAACAACAACAACAACAGUCAAAUAAAGAACAAUUAAAUAAAUUGGAAUCAUAUAAAGAAGUUUUGAAAGAUAAAUUUCAACAAAGUGGUGAAUCAAAACCAAAAAAAGUUGAUACAAAACCACGUCAGAAACAAGACGAAUGGCCAACACUUGAUGAUGUUUAUUAUCCACCACCAUCAUCAACAUCAAAACAGAAAUUGAAAAAAGAUAGGCCAUUCGAUGAUCAACGAAGAUGAUGAUCAUUCAUAACACUAUUUCUUAUUCAACCAUUUCCAAAUAUGCAACAACGACAAGAUAAAUUGUAUCGAUCAAUUGGAUAGGAAUUUUUUGUUAAAAAUGAUCGUUAUCAAGAAUUUGUUUUAUAAAAAUUGAAGAUACGUGUUUUUAUGUGUUCCUGUCAAUAUAUGCGAACUUUAAUGCUGCAUCUUUUUAGUUGAGUGACAACUAAAACGCGUGCCAUUGUGCAAACCAUUU